AUGCCUAAAGAUCGAGCAACCCCUCAGCGAAAAGGAUCAAAUCGUUUCCACGCGGACUCCCGCUCGUCGCUGUACUGCGCUGGCACCCUCACACCACCAGGACGAUCAAUACACUCCAUCAUCAUCGAUAAGAUGUCAACUAUUCCUAACAACCUCCUCAUCACUUGCACGUGCGAGGCAAGCAUCCGCUGCAAGCUUGUCCGUCGCCGCGGUACCGCCACGCAGGGGCUUCUGCUCAAUAUCUGUAACCACUACGUCUACGGCAAGUGUGCGUACAAGUGGGCGCAACAUCGUCAAGAGAAGAACGCCAAGGCCGGUAAGCUGCCCUGCGGGUGCAGCUACCAAGUCUCCGUCAAGAACCUGGACCGUCUCGCCAUCGAUCUUACUGCUCGCUUCGGUCCUGAAGCUGUCCAGCAGGCCGCCGCUACUCAGGCUGCCGCUGUCGCCGCUGCGGAGGAGGUCAUGAACCGCAAGAAUGAGUCCCCGGCUGAGAAGUAG